UGGGCUGCCUGGGGUCACGUGACGGGGCGUCCUGGUGGAGGGAACCGGUCCGGGAGUUCUUCUGGGGGAAGCCGAGUGAAGUGGGGGGGGGACGCGGCGGCGGCGGCGGCUUUGACAAUGAGUUUCCUUGGAGGUUUUUUUGGUCCCAUUUGUGAGAUUGAUGUUGUCCUUAAUGAUGAGGAAACCAGAAAAAUGGCAGAAAUGAAAACCGAAGAUGGCAAAGUAGAAAAGCACUAUCUCUUCUAUGAUGGAGAAUCUGUUUCAGGAAAGGUAAACCUAGCCUUUAAGCAACCUGGAAAGAGGCUAGAACACCAAGGAAUUAGAAUUGAAUUUGUAGGUCAAAUUGAACUUUUCAAUGACAAGAGUAAUACUCACGAAUUUGUAAAUCUAGUGAAAGAACUAGCCCUACCUGGAGAACUGACUCAGAGCAGAAGUUAUGAUUUUGAAUUUAUGCAAGUUGAAAAGCCAUAUGAGUCUUACAUUGGUGCCAAUGUCCGCUUGAGGUAUUUUCUUAAGGUGACAAUAGUGAGGAGACUGACAGAUAUGGUGAAAGAGUAUGAUCUUAUUGUUCACCAGCUUGCCACUUAUCCUGAUGUUAACAACUCCAUUAAGAUGGAAGUGGGUAUUGAAGAUUGUCUACAUAUAGAGUUUGAAUAUAAUAAAUCAAAGUAUCAUUUAAAGGAUGUGAUUGUUGGAAAAAUUUACUUCCUAUUAGUAAGAAUAAAAAUACAGCACAUGGAAUUACAACUAAUAAAAAAAGAGAUCACAGGAAUAGGACCCAGUACCACUACAGAAACGGAAACAAUUGCCAAAUAUGAAAUAAUGGAUGGUGCACCAGUUAAAGGUGAAUCAAUUCCAAUAAGAUUGUUUUUAGCAGGAUAUGACCCAACUCCAACAAUGAGAGAUGUGAAUAAAAAAUUUUCAGUAAGGUAUUUUUUGAACCUAGUACUUGUUGAUGAGGAAGACAGAAGGUACUUCAAGCAGCAGGAGAUUAUUUUGUGGAGAAAAGCUCCUGAAAAACUGAGGAAACAGAGAACAAACUUUCACCAGCGAUUUGAAUCUCCAGAAUCACAAGCAUCUGCUGAGCAGCCUGAAAUGUGAACUGAAUAGGAGGAAGCAAGAACAACAAAAAACUGUAACCUUUAAGUUGAGCAGGUUCAAGAUGGUUGCAGCUUUGUAGCAGGAAAAAGGCCAAAAUUCCACAUAUAAUAGUCUUCCUUUUAUCUUACAGUGCUGCAUUUUUAUUUUAUAGUGUAACUAAAUGUUUUUCAUGUAUUGUACAUUUUAAAAAGUGCUUUGAAACACUGGAGAUUUCUUAAGCUGCCUUUUUUUUUUUUUACUGCACACUGAUAAGCACUCAGAUAUGCGUUAGCAUAGCCAUUUAAGGAUUUCCAUGUGAGUUGGCUGGUAUUUGUAAAUUUUGCUUUCUUUCUGAAUAAUGUUGAUUUUAAGGCCUCCUUUUUCAUGCUAAGAUUACCUCUUCUCUUCAUGCAAAAAAUUAAUUUUUUAUGUUCAAAUACAAUUAUAAAAUCUGAGUGGCCCUUACAUUCUAUAGUUUUAAAACAUACCUUCACAAUAUUUCUUGAAAAUUGUAUUUUUACAUAUGCAUUUCAGAAAUGUAUGUGGAAUGUUUCACUGUAGAUGUUUUGGGCCUACCAUUUCAUGGCUUCUUGCAUUUGAUCUCUUUUUGGAGUCUUCUACAACAUAACUAUUAAAUUUUUUUUGCCAAGGGAUUAUGUGGCAUGUCAUUGUGGCACUCUUUCCCCCCAUAUUAAGUAGCCAUUCCGCUACUCUCCAGCAGGACAUUUGUUGCAAUAUAGAGGUGACAUAUGUUGGCAUAUUAGAACUUAUUAAAACUAUGUAAUUUUUCCAUAAAUUCUUUGAAACAUGUAUAUUUUUUAAUUUAAGAAAUAUUUUUGCCAUGUGUAUGCAAAUACCAUUUUCUUGAUUUUACAGGUUUAUUUACUUUUCAGUAGAAAAUCGGGGUUGGUGGACUUAGCAGGUCCGAUGACACAUCUAUAGUUAACUAGACCUGGACAAUUUUGUGUUACGUGGAUCUUUAGCUAGUUCAAAGUCACAUUUAAACUUCACCCUAUUCUUAUUUUUCUUUAACACUAAAUUCAGUGUCUAUAGCAAAGAUUGCAAUCAUCUGUUCAAAUGCAUGGAGUCUGGUGGCAAAUACACUAAAUGUGGACUGUGGGAACCAAAACGAGGCCUGCUAUGUGAAAACUACUUUCACUUAAUAAAGUUCAUUGGUUUUUGUACCAAUAUUUUUUAAUAUACUUCAGUGCAAGUUGGUUAACCUUACCUUAUGAGUAAGCUAAAUAACGCAAAUUACAUUUCUUUAAGCCUAUUUUACUACUAUGGCACUUUGAUAAGUCAGUAACCAACUUCUUUACUGGCCAAAGGUUCCAUGUACCAUGUGCUGGAGCAUCUAUAAAUGGUAAUGUUAUCUUUCAUGUAAGUGCCUGUUCAGAGUUUCAAAAUUUUAAAAUGCCAAAUAUUUUCAUGGUCACUUGCAUGCAGUAAUCUAGAAAAUAGUCAAGAUUCUGAAAACCAAUUGUACUUAACCAACCUCAAAUUGUGCAACCAUGAUGUAUAAUAAAGAAUUUGAAACAGAAAUUGA